GUGGAUUUGGAUGGAGAACAAGAUAAAUACCCAGCAGAGCACUGGUAAUAAUACUGAGCCUUCUGCUAACAGCCACAAUGAAGACUCUCUUCAUACUGGUCCUGUCUGCCGCUGUUCUGCUCAUCGCUUCAGAUGCAAGAAGCAUCCAGUAUACAUCCCAAGAUGAGGACGAGCUUGUGGACACGAUGUUGGUGGAUAAGAGAGAGCUUGAGGCCCAGACUGAUUUGGAUACAGACCUGAAUGAGGAGGAGAGUGAAGAUUUGGAUGCAAGAAGCAUCCAGGAUGGAUUUGAAGAUGAGAACGAGCUUGUGGAUGCGAUGUUGGAGGAGGAGAGAGAGCUUGAGGCCCAGACUGAUUUGGAUGCAGACCUGAAUGAGGAGGAGAGUGAAGAUUUGGCUCAGAUAACUAACGAGAUUGAGAAUGAGACUUAUUCUGACAAGAGAGCUCGCAAAUCAAGAAGUAGGGCAGCAAAGAAGGCCAGAAAAGCAGCAAAGAAGGCCAGAAAAGCAGCAAAGAAGGCCAGAAAAGCAAAAAAGAAGGCUAGAAAAGCAGCAAAGAAGGCCAGGAAAGCAAAAAAGAAGGCCAGAAAAGCAGCAAAGAAGGCCAGAAAAGCAAAAAAGAAGGCCAGGAAAGCAGCAAAGAAGGCCAGGAAAGCAAAAAAGAAGGCCAGAAAAGCAGCAAAGAAGGCCAGAAAAGCGGCAAAGAAGGCAGCUAAGGCUUCACUCUCUGGAAACAAACCUGGCUCAGAGGUAGCACCUGAGCCGGCAGCAGAACCAACACCGGAACCAGCACCUGAAGCAACUGCCGAGCCGGCACCAGAACCAGCACCUGAAGCAGCUGCCGAGCCGACACCAGAACCAGCACCUGAAGCUGCUGCUGCAUAGUAACCCAUAGGAAAGCCCAGCGACUCGCUUCUACCGUCGCAGCUCCUGGAUCACCAAGAACACUCUGAUUAAUAAACAU